UGCUGUGUACUGUGGGAGACCAGAUAUAGUGAAUGCAGGGUCCGGGGAGACCAGAUAUAGUGAAUGCAGGGUCCGGGGAGACCAGAUAGAGUGAAUGCAGGGUCCGGGGGAUAUAGUGAAUGCAGGGUCCGGGGAGACCAGAUAUAGUGAAUGCAGGGUCCUGGGAGACCAGAUAUAGUGAAUGCAGGGUCCGGGGAGACCGGAUAUAGUGAAUGCAGGGUCCGGGGAGACCAGAUAUAGUGAAUGCAGGGUCCGGGGAGACCAGAUAUAGUAAAUGCAGGGUCCUGGGAAACUGGAGUACCAGGAGGAAACCCACAGAGGGAGAACAUGCAAACUCCAGGCAGGUUGUG